AUGGCAGGAGAAGCAAGCAAGGAUGUGAUCAAAAUUGAGGCUUCAGAGAUUGAACCCAUUUCAGUUCAACGAUGCAGCAGCCCUGUGCCAGAGACGGAGCGAAUCAGGUACAAAGAAUGCAGGCGCAACCAUGCGGCUUCCUUUGGCCGCUAUGUUUUUGAUGGUUGUGGAGAGUUCAUCGGUUGCAAUGACGAUGCAUUCAUGUGUGCUGCAUGCGGCUGUCACCGCAGCUUCCACCGCAAAGAGCCUCCUAACAACUUCAACAACGCUGCUCUGCCUCCUCCUCAUCAACCAACGCCGCCUCAAAGACCACUGCUGUCACCCCUGCCUUUAGCAUCCCACAAUGGACUCACUGGUGAGACUACUCUAUUCCCUAGGGACAGGAAUAUUGAUGCAGGUUCGGAAACACUCAGUGGAGCCGAGGUAGAAGAACCAAAAGACACGAAGAAGAGGGCAAAGAGAACUAGGAUUACGAUGGAGCAGAAGACCAAAAUGAUGCGGUUUGCUGACAAGUUAGGGUGGAGGCCCCAGAAGCACGAUGAUGCUGAGGUACAACAGUUCUGCGAGGAAGUCGGAAUCACCAAGCGCGUGUUCGUCGUUUGGCUGAACAACAACAGGCGCCGGAAGGAUUCCAUGAGAUCAGAGGAGCAAGCUUGCGUGCAUGCAGUGGCUGAAAAUAAUAAAUAA